AUGAAUCGAGACGAUACGAAGGCAAAAGAAGACGGCUCGAGUAGUGUAGUAGGAGAUGAAAUGGCACUUGGUUCAUUCUCCGGAGAUGAAGCAAACCCAAGGAUUAUCGACAAAUCUGUCGCCCCAGGAACCGACCAAAGUCCCCGAGAUGCAAAUGAAAGCGAAGAAAAUGCAAGUGGAAAAGGUGAAGAGGAAGAAUCAAGUAAGAAAAAUGAAGGGGAGGAAUCAAGAGAAGUAGACGAAGGAGAAAAAGAGAAGGAAGGCGGAGACGAAGGAGAAAAAGAGAAGGAAGUUGUAGAUGACGAAGAAGAGGGCAUGCGACCGCUGAAGUUGCACUUUCCUUCAAGCGAAUAUCAAAAGUCUUUAAAGCUUUCAGGAAAGUGUUACAUUGACACGGCGAUAACAACUAUUGAAACGAUCCUGAAAGAGAAGGAGGUGAAAUGGUUCAUAGAGCACCCACAAUUCCAACAUUUCUUCCAUAUUAAAAACCGAAAGCAUAAGUGGAUGGGAAUGUGGGUUAUCGUUUUGCGAUCAGCUUGUGUUGCGAAGAAGUAUGAGUUAUGGUUUGUCGUUAAUGGCGUCCCAAUCCGAUAUUCUCUUAGAGAAUUAGGACUCAUUUCUGGUCUAUACUGCCAUGAGUAUCCCCCCAACCAUGAGAGGUUGGGUGGUACAACAUUCAUGAACAAGUAUUUUGGAGGGAGAAAGAUAACAUACGCUGAUCUGGAGAAGCAGAUGUUGGCAAUGAAAUCAAAGCCAUCUGAGGAUCGUAAGAAGAUGGCCGUUCUGUUCUUCUUAGCCAGCAUCCUUGUCGGAGGCCGAAAGAGUGGUGAGGGAGCAUCACCUGUGGACAGUUUCUUCCUGCGUGUUGUUGAUGACCUAGAUGCGUGUGUAACGUUCCCUUGGGGGCGGUAUGCAUUCGAACAUAACUUGAAGGAUGUCUCUAGCUUUUUGGAGAAAUGCGACGGGGUUGCGCCGACGAGUUGGGUUUUUACAAGCUUUCCUAUCCCUCUGGAGUUGUUGGCCUUUGAGGCAAUUCCAAGCUUGAGGAACCAUUUCCGAGAAGAUGUGUAUGGUGCAAGCAGAGGUUGCCCGCGGAUGUGCAAGAUGCAGUACAAACGGAAAAGUGGAACCAAGGAAUUCAGUCUGAAAGCUGUGAACGAUAAACUUGGUAAUAAUACAAAGGAUAUUGAGAGUAUCUUGGUAGCAACAGCAGCUGAGGAGGAACUUCUGGAAACCAUAGGAAUGGACAAGGAGAGUUGUUGGGCCGAUGACGCCGAUGAUGCAGCAGUUGAUCGUUGGACGAAGAUAAUACGGAAAGGGAAGAAACAAGUUUUCUUUGAAGAACAGUUCCGCAUGGAUUUUGAGUCUCGCACAUGUCAGAUUGAAGGUCCUACCAAUCCUAUCGGAGGACCAUCGAACAAUGCACAAUCUGGUCAGGCUCAUGCAGAUUCGGUGGAGGCUACUGGAGCUACUCCUGGAGCUGAGGCUUUAAAAGAGAUGGAAGGUCGGCUUAUGAUGUUGAGUGUUAAGGAUGGUGAUGGUAGUGACAAUAGCGAGUCGGAAGAAGAGGAUGGUGAUGUGGGUGGGGAUAAGGAGUCGGAGGAAGAGGAUGGUGGUGACAAUAACGAGCCAGACGAAGAGGAUGGUGGUGACAAUAACGAGCCAGACGAAGAGGAUGGUAGUGACAAUGAUGUUGAAGAUGCCAUUCUCGAUAUUUCAAAGGAUGUGCAGAGGGAAUAUGGUGAUGUUGACAUGGAUGAUGAUGAUGCGGAGAUGUAUGCACAUGCUGUGGAGGCCGAGAAAAAAUUAAAGACUAAGGCAGCAGAGUCUGUAAACACGAAAAAAAAGAGGUCGAGAAAAGAUGAUGGCAAAGAAGCUGUUCCUGUGAAAAAGGUUAAGGUGGACCGUGGUGAUACUAAGGCAGCUGCUGAGAAGAAGGCAGCUGCGGCAGCUAAGAAGAAGGCAGCUGCUGAGAAGGAGGCAGCAGCUGAGAAGGAGGCAGCAGCUGAGAAGGAGGCAGCAGCUGAAAAGGAGGCAGCUAAGAAGAAGGCAGCAGCUAAGAAGACAAAGAAAGUAGGUAAGAAGACCGAGUGA